AUGGCACCUUUCAAUUGCUUCAUCUUAGCCUUGUUUGCAGCACUGACGUUUUCCAGCAUUGAUGGCAGUCUAGCAGUUCGUCGUCUUCAGCAGUUACCACCCAUGCCUAAGAUACCAACUUUACCGGUACUGCCACCAUUGCCACGGCCUGCGACACCAACUUUACCGGCACUGCCGAAGCCUGGCUCACUACCGCCACUUCCUAGCAUUCCCAACUUGCCUACUGCCCCAAAGGUUACCCUGCCACCACUGCCAAACUUUCCUUCGAUCCCCACGAUUCCAACUACUAUUCCCUCUAUUCCUUUCCUCUCUCCACCACCAUCAACUAGCAGUCCUUGA